AUGGCAGAUAUGUCCAAGUAUACCGACGCAGACUACGUGUUUCUCACAGACUUUGAUGGCACCAUUACUCUGCUUGAUUCCAAUGAUCAUAUGGUAGACACCUAUGGUAUGGGCUAUGCAGAGCGCCGAAAAAUCAACGAUGACAUUGUUGCUGAGCGCAUCGGCUUCCGUGAUGGCUUCCGCAAGAUGCUCGAGUCGGUCCACCGUCCAUUCCCUGAGAUGCAGGAGCUUGUUCGCCGUGAUGUAAAGCUGGACCCUGGGUUCAAGGAAUUCCAUGCUUUUGCCAAGGCGAACAACAUUCCUGUGGUUGUCGUCUCUUCGGGUAUGACCCCCAUUUUGCGUGCCAUUUUUUCGAACCUCAUCGGCGAAGAGGAGGCCAGCAAGCUGGAAAUCAUUUCCAACGAUGUCAAGUUCACCGACCCUGAACAGAAGGGUGACACCUGGGAGAUCGUCUAUCGUCACCCCGAUAACUUCUUUGGUCAUGACAAGUCUCUCAGCAUUGAGCCGUUCCGCCAGCUCCCCAAAAAGCCUCUCCUGUUCUUCGCUGGCGAUGGCAUCUCGGACAUGUCGGCAGCACGACAUGCAGACGUUCUUUUUGUAAAGGACAAGCAGGACAAUGAUCUGGCCACCUAUUGCAACCAACACAAUAUCGGCUACCACCUCUUCAAAGACUGGACUGUACCCAAGAAGAUGCUGGAAAAGCUGCUUAAUGGAGAAAUGUCGCGGGACGAGCUCAUUACCAACCGCUUUUAG